ACAUACAUAGUCUGUUGGCGAAAAAGUGCCCCACUGCCGAUAAUCAGUCCGGUCUGAAUUUUUGCAACUGCGGUGCGUGGACAGGCGCCUAGUCAAGUGGCCUUCGCUGUCUGUCCUUCACGAAGCAGACAGCCGCGCAGUAAUUCGGGACUUCUGUGCUCGACACUCGCUUGUUACCGCACGCCAUUCGCUGUCGUCCAGCGCUUUUCCAUCUUCACGACUAUGAUCACAAUCGGGCGCGUCUUGUGCCGAGUGGGCUCACGACGGCAGCGAGCGCUUGCUUUGAGAAGUGCUCUUCCUUCCGCAGAGAGGCGGGUCUUGUUGGCCUUUAAUACACCCACCAGGGUCACCAACGACCUGAGGGCGUUCGCUACUCAAGCUCAAAUUCCGCCUGCAUUCGAAUAUGAGGACAACAAGGUCCUGCCGGCAUUCAAACUGGCGUCCGACUACAGCGACCGAGUGGCGCUACACGAUUUGCACGGCGAGUAUACCUACAGAGGCCUCCUUCUCAGCAGCAAUCAGCUCGCCUGCGAAAUAAAAAACAAACUUGGCUCGAACAGCACCGGCCUCCGAAUUUCAUUCCUCUGCCCCAACAACGCGUCGUAUGUAAUCGCACAAUGGGCUACUUGGAUCGGAGGGCACACAGCUGUGCCUCUGUACCACUCGCACCCCAUCCCCAUGCUGCAGUACUUUAUCGAAGACAGCGACUCUGCCCUGCUGGUGACCACAAAGGAAUUCGCCGACGUUGGAGAGGAGCUGUCCAAGCUGACAGGAAGACCGCACUUUGUAAUGGAUGACUCUCUGAGGAAGCUGGCCAUGAAGCAGAAGGACUUCUUUCCUCCGCUGCACUUGUGCGAGGACAUGGAGGAACAUCAACUUGGAGGCGGCGAACAGGAUCUGGUCACAGGCCAGCCAGAUGAAUAUUACGCUGAAAGCGACGCGAUGAUGGUUUACACUAGUGGAACGACAGGAAAGCCCAAAGGAGUGGUUCUUACUCACAGCAAUCUUUUCCACCAAGUCUCUUCUCUCUGCAAAGCUUGGGAAAUCAGCAGCAAAGAUGUCAUUCUGCACACACUGCCCCUGCACCACAUGCACGGAAUCAUGAACGCCCUUCUCUGCCCUCUAUCCGUUGGCGCAAAGUGCAUCAUGAUGGCGAACUAUGACACUUCUGUCGUUUGGAAGCACUUGCUGGCGAUCAAAGUGCCAGCCAAGGAUAGAGUGAACGUUUUCAUGGCCGUGCCCACCAUCUACUUGAAGCUUCUAAAGGAAUACGAUGACAUUUUUGGCAAGAACGAACGCAUGAGGGAGUAUAUCAAAGCCACAUGCAAGAAGAACAUGAGGCUCAUGGUCAGUGGCUCAGCCUCCCUGCCAGUGCCUGUGUUUGAGAGAUGGGAGGAGGUAACUGGACACAGACUUCUUGAGAGAUACGGAAUGAGCGAGGUUGGAAUGGCUCUUUCCAAUCCUCUCAAUGGAGAGCGUGUACCUGGUCAUGUUGGCUAUCCCCUUCCUCAUGUACACGCCAGAAUCGCACAGUUCACUCCUGGUCAAAAUGAAUACAAAACUUUGGCUGAUGGCAAUUCGUACUCAACACGAAUCACCCAACCAGGACAAACAGAGGUUGAAGGAGAACUAUUGGUGAAGGGACCCACAGUUUUCCGAUGCUAUUUCAACAAGCCAAACGCCACCGCCAAGGAGUUCACACCAGAUGGCUGGUUCAAAACUGGAGAUACUGCAAGCUACACUGAAGGCAAAGGAUUUAAAAUCAUUGGCAGGACUUCCAUUGACAUUAUCAAGACUGGAGGAUACAAAGUGGGCGCUUUGGACGUUGAAACGAACCUUCUGUCACACCCGCACAUAGCUGACUGUGCUGUGGUUGGAGUUCCAGACAUCACCUGGGGUCAAAAGAUCGCUGCGGUAGUAGUUCCAAAGGAGGGAAAGGAAGUCGUUCUCUCCGAACUCCGCGAGUGGGCCAAGAGUCACAUGACCCCGUACAGCAUUCCUACCCUGCUGAAGUGUGUUGACAAACUUCCCAAGAACGCAAUGGGCAAAGUGAACAAGAAGGAACUAGUCCAACAGAUGUUUCCUCCCCAGAAGAGCCACUAAUUUGCUUUUCAGCACCCACAACACAAGGAAUAAUUAAGGAUUAAUAUCCUGAACAGACUUUUCAAUCUUUAGUUCGAAAUUGUUACUUACAUUCCUACGAGUUACUGAAUGGAUUGUAAGUUUUCAAUGUUAAAUUAAUUUUUGCCAAUGAUUUCGCGAUUAUUCUGCCUCCCGCAAGCAGGGCUAUGAUAUCAAUUUUUAUUUGCGAAAGGAUGCGAAAAUAAUACUCCCUGUAGUCUGAUCAGACCAUCACUAGAUGCAUUUACUUUCGGCCUCUGCAAAAUGAACUUGCUUGCAUACUAUCACAUCACUUUGUUUUCGCUCGCUUUUCGCAGCCAGACGGGCACACUCAUACAAUAUAUAUCUUCAGAUUUCCUUGUGCCAAUUCGAGUUUACUGGUACAAUGGGAGUCACUCCUUACGUUGAGGCAAGUCACGUGACAAGACUGCUGUGAUUUAAAAAUGCAAUAGUUGUAAGUAGUCGUAAAAUAUCUAUGGAUAUUAACUUUAACCUGUACUAGUUUAAUUUUGAAAAUAAAUGCGUUGAAGACAAAA